UUUGCACUUUAUUUUCGUAAAAAUAUAAAGUAAAUUGCGUCAUGGCUUCCGGAGAUUUGAUUAAAGCUGAAAAGGAACUCGUGAGCUCCGUCGCGCUUGAAGAUAAAGCCUCUGACAUGCCAGAGGACGAGGGCACCAAAUCGCUAGUGGAAGUCGUCAGUGCUAUGGGGUAUCCAGAGACCGAGGCGCGUCACGCCUUGAAGCGUGCCUCAAAUAAUGUGGAGCGAGCGAUUCAGUUUCUGGUCGAAGGUGCUGGCGAUGACGAUGACGACGAAGAAGCCGAUGUUGUGAUGCGUCUCCAGCGCCGGCGUUGGUAUCAGCAGCUGCGCCUCAAUCUGUUGCAAAAUCCGGCGGAUUGUGAUUAUGCCAUUUCGCAGUUGUACAGUCAAAAUCCAGCAUUAUCACAACACAUUGUCAAUACCGAGCAGGGUGUACUCGCGAAUCUUCUGGCGGAUUCCUCAUCAUCGUCGGAGGAGGAAGAGGAUGCGGAAGUGGAUGAUUAGGGCAACGAUAUCACACUCUCUAAGAACUACACACCCGUACGUAGCUUUAAGCUACAUCAGUGUUCCAGAACCCGUGCUUAAUUGAAAAUCAAUGAAAUUAUUAGUAGUAAGCUCGCAAAUAAACAUUUUGAAACUUGUCUAAUUAAAAAGUUAUGGAAAAAGAAAUAUGUGUCCUGUGUCCCUGUCCUCGAAGGAUUGAAGACCAGAAAGUCUGAAUGCUGUAUGUGAGAAACAGAUAGAAGGAGGAGAGAUAAGGUUCAUUUUCUAGUAGAUGACGGGAGUCAAAUUUGGAACUAGGUUUAAUAGGACAAAUAAU